GAGGAUGGAUAGUGGAUGCAGAUUGAAGUCGUGGGGGGGAGAGGUUCGCCAUGCUGCGGCCGGAAUUCUGGACCGGGAGUCUAUGAGGGGCCGCAGUUCCCGUCCCGCCCUUCUCCUGGCGCCGGUCCCAAGGCUCCGCCUCGGAGUGGGACGGGAUCCAGGUUCCCCUCUCCCCCCCGCCAAAGCCCUCUGCCCGGGCCGGGAAUGGAGGCGCCGGCUGAGCUGCUGGCCACGCUGCCGCUCUUGGGAACUGCAUUGGCUCUUUUGCUUGCCUCUUUGUGGUUCUGGCGGAGCCGAGCCUGUGCGCUCGGGAGCUCCGAGGCUCUUAAUCCCCCAAAGCAGGCCCGGCCCUCCGCGGGCGCAGAGGAGACACAGACAUUUGGAGAAGCACCAUACGAGCUAGAGGAGCCUCGGGCGGGGGCAGGAAAAAAAGAGGAGGAGCUGAAGGAGGAGGAAGAGAGACAGAAUGAAGAGCCAAACUCUGAAAGUAAGAAGAUGUCACUACUAGCUAAACUAGAAGAAGAAGAUGAAGAGGAGGCAUUUUCCUUUAAAUACAGCCCUGGGAAACUGAGAGGGAACCAAUAUAAGAAAAUGCUGACCAAAGAAGAAUUGGAGGAAGAACAAAGGGUUAAAAAAGAACAGCUGGCUGCCAUCUUCAAACUUAUGAAGGACAAUAUGGAGACUUUUGGAGAGAUUUCUGAUGGAGAUAUGCAGGAACAGCUCAAGCUUUAUGAUAUGUAGGCUCAAAAACAACAAAGCUCUCCAAUAGCUGCUGCUUUGCCCUUGAAUUUAAAGACAAUUGUACAGUGACUGUUAUUAGAUUAGAAACUCUUGUUUUCAGAUUUUUGUAGGUUUAAAUAUACAUAUAUACACAUAUGUAUAUAUGUACACACACACACAUACACACACACACACAUAUAUAUAACUUUUUGCAUAUACUCUUUAUAUCUCAUCUCAUAGGGAUCAAAAAUAUACUCCCCACAGAGGAAGAGUGGUGAGCAACCCUAGUUAGCUGAGUUUCCCUCCCAAUUGCUUGUUGUUACAGUUCGAAUUAUGUGACAUAAUUAGUAGUAGAAGAUAAGAUACUUUGUCUUCUGACUUGAGCUAAAAAAUUUCUCAUGUUAGUCCCAAGAUAGGCAUUAAUAAUACAGAACCAGGCUAGAUGAUAUUAGAGUAAGGCUGACUCAAAGUUUUUGCUCAUGACUCAAUAGUAAGCUGUUUGGGAGGAUCUAGGGAUGCUGAAGAAUAUAAUGUUUUUACUUUUAGCAUCCUUAUAAGUUUUUAUAGGGGUAGAGUAAAAAUUUUUUUAAGCAUCAGGAAUCCAUUUCUUCCUUCGGUGGUCUAAAAAUCUGUUUCAGUCUUUGUGGAUCAAAAUAAAGGUACUGGGAAAUGA